AUGCUUGGAGGAAACAAUGAAGAUAAAAUUUCACGGUGUUUGUGUAGAAUUUUUAAAAAACAUCAUAGAAAUGAUGAUAGUAAAGCAAAAGGUAUCGUGGAUAUUUGCCUUCAACGUAGCAUUAAUUGUCCGUUUGGAAUUGGUUUAACAGGUGGAAGAGAUCAACUACACCCGCCAUCAAUCACAUUUCUCAGACCGGGAAGUAUUGCACAUGUCAGUGAUCAACUACGAAUAGGCGAACAAUUGAAGCAAGUGAACGGAAUUGCACUAAAUAAUCUUACACAUCAGCAAAUAAUGACAUUAUUACGAAAUUCCGGAAAUUGUGUUUAUUUACAAGUUGAAUAUAAUCUUGAUGAUAACGAUUUCAAACAACCAACAAAUACUCGACUAGCAUAUGCGGAUAUUCGGUUAAUAAAAGAAAAUAAUCGAAUUGGUAUUACAUUACGCGGUGGCGCUUAUGGACCUGAUCGAGAGAAAUCACGACCUCUUACAAUUAUGAAUAUUCGAACCGGUAGUCCAGCUUAUCAGGAAAAACGUUUACGAAUUGGUGAUCGUGUACUUGGUAUUAAUGGCGCUGAUGUAUUCAAUGCUACCUUAGCUGCAGCGCAAAAAUUACUUUUUGAAGCUGUUAGUACAGUUGUACUAACAAUUGAAUAUUACAUCAAUACAAUUGAUAUGACAUAUCGAAACAGUAAUUGUUUUUGCGUGAAAAUUGAAAAAGACUUCCAUUUGGAUAUUGGAAUUGAACUUAUUUGUGAAAUUGAUCAUGCAAAUAAGACAACAUAUGCAUUUUUUAUCGAUCAUUUAGUACCAGCAUCGGCUGCUGAUAGAUGUGGUGCAUUAUUUCCCGGUGAUCAAAUUAUAGCAAUAAAUGGAUGCAAACUUGAUUUUAUUCCAUUUCCGGAUGUCUGUCGUCUUCUUCAAACAUCAUUACCAAUUAUCUAUCUGGAAAUUAUACCGGUUAAUCAACAGCGGUAUCCAAUUUUCCUCAAAUUUCUUUUGCAUCUGAAAUAUUUUUUGAACAGUAAUUUAUUAUCAUAA